ACUUCGCGAUGAGCUUAUUUAUAAACUCCAUUCUCUGCAACUUCCAAACUGCCCAGAACUUCUUCCUUCAUAAUAAUAUGGCUAAGAUUUCUGCCAGCCCACUUCUCCUUCUCAUCAGCAGGAGAUGUUGCAGAGUUGCGGCGGAGAAUGGGAGGAUGGGGGCAGCUGAGACGGCGGCCAGGAAGGAGGCCGGAGAUCAGACAGUGAGCGGUGUUGGCGGUGCGAAAGAGAGAGCGUUUUGGAUGAGAGAUCCAAAGACCGGAAACUGGAUUCCUGAGAAUCACGUCGGAGAUACUGACGUUGCUGAGCUGAGGAACAAGUAUCUGUCCAACGCACAUAAUAAACUCACUCAAACCAAACUUGAUUAGGCUAACAAGUGACAUGAAC